GCCAACGAAUCUGCUGUGAUCCAAAAACACAAAAAACAAAGUGAUCGUUUUCUUGUUCCAACGCGUUUGUUUACGAGCAACAGCUGUUGGUUCAAAAAAUAAGUCGGUUCAUUAUUUGAGUAGUUCACUAUACAGCAUGCUCACUAUAUCGCGAGUCAGUCCUUAAAUAACCGCGAUUGACUUGAGUCGUACAGGAAAUGUUCUCUGUCACCUUCAUUAUAUUUAGAGUAGGUCAGGAACGUGUAUAAUGCCGUUUUAUUUUUAUCUAUUGCAGGUCAUGCUGGAUAACAUCAAGCACUCAAUAGUUCUUCUACAGAUUGCCAAGAAUACCGCCCACCCUGUAAAUGGCAUCUACCCCAGGCCAGGUCCGUCUAACAUCCCAUCACAGGAAUAUGCUCCUUCGGUAGCGGCGGCCUCCUUGGCAGUUCCUGACAUGUCAUACUCCAGCUCAGAAGGGGAGGAUGAUUUCUUUGAUGCGAAUGACUCGCCCUUCACGCCUGGAAGCCAGCUACCAACACCUACUAGUCUGAGGUCGUUCGAUUCGGAUGCGGCGACACCUGUACCUGUAGCUAACAAACCAACAGCACUGAACAGUGCCAGGCAACCACCCCAAACAGGAAGGACCGAACCUAGAAAAUUGGACGAGGGGGAAUUAGAUUACGAUGCUCUGUAUGAGGAUAAUGAUGAAGACGACAUAGAAUUAGAGAGUCAUGGUUCGGUAAUUAGGCACCUGCUGUCCCAAGUAAAAAUUGGUAUGGACCUGACUAAAGUUGUAUUGCCUACGUUUAUAUUAGAGAGGAGAUCCUUGUUAGAAAUGUAUGCUGAUUAUUUUGCACAUCCAGAUAUGUUCGUUAAGAUAGCAGAAUUGAAGGAUCCCCGAGACAGAAUGAUCCAAGUAGUAAAAUGGUAUCUGUCGUCGUAUCAUGCCGGUCGUAAAAGUGCGGUAGCGAAAAAACCGUACAAUCCAAUCCUAGGCGAGAUUUUCCGUUGUCAUUGGGACGUGCCCAACGGGAACGGGGAUGGCAAGGAUGAUCCUGUUGAAGAUGGACCGGUACCGUGGUGUAAAAGGAGCCAGCUGACGUUUGUUGCCGAACAGGUGUCGCAUCAUCCGCCAAUAUCUGCCUUUUAUGCCGAACACUACAACAAAAGGAUAAGUUUCAAUGCUCACAUAUACACAAAGUCCAAAUUUCUUGGACUCUCUGUAUGCGUAUACAACAUUGGUGAGGGUGUCGUCAGCGUUAUAGACUACGAUGAAGAAUAUGUUGUCACAUUUCCUAACGGAUAUGGCAGGUCCAUAUUAACAGUGCCAUGGAUAGAACUAGGAGGUACAGUAGUGAUAGACUGUCCUAAAACCGGGUAUCAUUGUACAAUAGAAUUUAUAACAAAACCUUUCUAUGGCAACAAAAAGAACAAGGUAUCGGCAGAAAUAUUUGCGCCUGAUGAGAAGAAACCUUUUCUUACAAUAUCCGGAGAAUGGAACAGUGUAAUGGAGUAUAAAUGGACUGAAAGGGACAUGGAAGAGCACAUCGACGUGAACAACCUCAGCGUGAUCAAGAAACAAGUGCGACCAAUCAGGGAGCAGGAAGAUAAUGAAUCUAGGCGGCUUUGGAAAGAAGUGACGGCCGGUUUGAAGUUCAAUGAGAUUGACAAGGCGACAAAUGCUAAACAGGCCUUGGAACAAAAGCAACGUGACGAGGCUAAGGAGAGGAAGGAUCGGGGUCAUGAGUGGAAUACUAGGCUGUUCACGAAGCUAGGAGAAGAUUCCUAUGUGUACAAAAAACCUCUCCGUCAGAGGCUAAACUCGCAGACAUCGAACACUUGAGAUGGGGAACCGGCGACUGACAGUUGACAGAUGUAAGUCGCGACGUCACACAUACACACACCUACUGUGCUUUUCUGGACUGUGUUUACUAGAAAACGCCCACACACACACACACACACAUUUUGUCUGAGUUGUUAGUGAACUGUGAUAUGAAACAAAAAAUGGUAUGCUUUAGGUUUAUACCCUAUGCAAAGUAGGCGGAAUGACUGGUUUCACGUGACAUUUAAUUCAUAUAUUUGCUGUUCUGUAUAAAUUUACCCAAGGUUCUAAUUUUCUAAUAGUUCAAACCUCGCCCAAAUCAAAUAUUAAAAUCGUAGAAAUGAUACACAGAACCAGAACAAAUAGCAAACAAAAAUAUGGUCACGGUUCGUUCCUCAUCUCCAUAGGAGCCUUAUAUAGUAGUUUUACUUAUCAUAAAGAUUUUUUUUUUGUUGUAAAUGACAAUGUAAAGACAACCUUGGAGCUAGACAAAAGGCAAUCAGGGGCACCGUUCCUCCGUCCUACAGUUUUCAGGGCUGCCAGAAUCUUAGGGAUGAAUUUUCAAAAUGGUUUCUCGUUUCCUUGUUAGCUUAGUACUUUUCAGAUCUUAGUACUAUGCCACGAAAAACCAGCCAGGUCCGCUACUAUGGUACGGUUGGACAACUGAAAAACGACUGGUCUAAAAACUAGAAUAAAUCGUUUUGUAGGGGUACCACCCAAUCCAAUAUGGCAAUUUCAAAUCCUAAUUUUAUGCGUCAAAUGAUGAGCCGUGUUUAUACAGGGUGUUUGGAAUGUCGAAAAAAGUCUUGGUAGGGCAGACCAUUUAGAGUCUUUUAAGCCAAACAUACCUCAGUACAAAGUCUUACAGUUUUCGAGAUUUUCGGAUCUUCAAAUUUAAAUCAUAAAUUAGUAAACGAAACAAAAUAAAGUAUUGAAACAUGCUUUAUUGGUGUUCAAAGUGAAAACCAUUGUUUCUAAUACAUGCUCGAGCUGUACGUGUUACUUCGGCAGUUUAUAUAUUUUUAACUUGUCUUGCUGCAUUAAAUAAAAAGCCUCUCGAAUUUUUCUUAUUAAAUGGUCUCGUGAUACGAUUUCUACAGUAUAAACUAACAGUUUAGCCCGCCCCCAGACAUAGAAAUGCAAUGUUGUCAAGUCCGGGGAUCUAGCAGGCCACGGAAUCGGUCCACCUCUGCCUAUUCAGCUGUUUGGAAAAGUAUCGUGCAAAUAUUGUCUUACGUCUAAGCGGAAAUAAGCUGGACAUCUGUCGUGUUGGAAUAGAAUUUGCAUGUCAUCUGGAAUUUCUACUCCUACAAAUAAUUCGGGAAGAUCAUUUUGCAAAAAGGGUAGAUAUCUGUCGCCGUAUAAUCUUUCAGGCAAAAAAUGAGGACCGAUUAAUCUUUGUCCUAUGAUGGCGGCCCAUACAUUAACGAAAAAUUUGUGCUGGAAAGACGCCUGUUUUUCCAGUGUGGAUUUUCCUGCUUAUCAGUUCAUUGAUGCAAAUUGUUAAAAUUUGUAAUGCCCUCCUUUGAAGAAUUAGAUUCGUCCGUCUAUAGAAUGCUUUCCAGGAACCGUUCAUUCUCAAUGUCACUAUGUAAGAGAAAACGACAAAAUUGGCUUCCGCGAAUAGGAUCACCAUCUUCAAGUUUGUGUACGCCGAUACCAUGAAAAGGAUAUUUUCGUUCACGGUGCAUGAUACUCCAAACCUUCCAUGGCGACAAACCAAGAUCAGCACUAACUUUCCUAGUAGUUAUAGUGGGAUCAUCUUCAAACGCUUGGAGGAUUAGAUCUUCGGCUUCAAGAGGAUAUCGACCUGGAUUAACACCAGGUUCAUUAUGUGUUACACUUCCAGUCUCGUAAAGAUGUCGGUAAGUAUUGUAAAACACUCUGACAUUAGGCAAUCUUCUCCCAGGAAAUCGCCUUUUGUACAACCGUCGUGCUUCUAGUCCAUUACCAUCUGCUCAUACUCAUUACCUCAUACAUGUAAACGAUAUCUGCGUAUUCUUCGUUAAUGAAAGUAGCCAUUUUACAAACUAAUUAAUUCAGGGUUUAUGGACUGAAAUUCACGAAUUACUAUUGACUUGUUUGGAAAGAAAUAAAGCAAGAAUGUGUGGAAUUUAGUUUUGUCAUGCACGCAAGCACGUUCCUUCUCAUCAGUAUCACAAAAAUAGGAAAACAUGAAUUUAUUAGAUAUGUAUUUGUUUACAGUCAAUUUGUUUUUCUUUUCUCUACCUUCAGAGAAAAAACAACACUGUCAGGUAUUUAAAAUCUAUUUCAUAUAGCCUGAUGUUCUUUCAGUGAUAACAGGAACAAAAGGCAUAUGUUUUCAAUAAAAAUCGAAAAUCUCAAAUAACUCGAAAACCGUAAGACUUUUUGGCUUAGAGAUUCUAAAUGGUCUGUCCUAUCACCUUCCCAAGACUUUGUAUCGACCUUUCUAACGCCCUGUAUAAAACUCUAGAUUCAGAUUCAGAAUAUCAGUGAUACAAUGUUGCAAUAUCCAGUUUCUAAAGCGAGAAUGUGACACCCCUACAAUAAAUAAUAAUUACUCAUAGUGACUGAUCAGUAAUAUGAGAAAAAUCAUAUGUACCCCAUACUGAGAACCUUUUUUGGGUUGAAGGAUUCAAAAGAUACGAGUUUAACGGAUUGUUGGUAUUGAUUCCUGAUAUGGUUCCCAUUAGAGUGAUGGUAUGCAAAAAAGGGACAUUUUUUAUCCAUACUUAGCACGUCAGUCAAUUCACCUAAAUUAGGUUAUUCUCCAUCCACAUCAUGCAGUUUUGAAUUCAGGUAGUCGCAAUUACCUGGAAAUAUUUGAAAAAAUGUCAUUUACAUCUAAUGUAAAUUUGCAUUCCACUUAGAAGGGGUUAUAAUACAUAAAUGUGAGAUUGUGAAAGGUGCAUAAAAUUUGUAUGCAACAACAAAUAACAAUUCUCAUCUAAAAACAAGCUAAAUCUCGAAAUUGAAGCUUGUUGAUUUUUACCAAAUUGAGUUAUAUAUUUCCAUUGGAAGAUAGAUGAAUAUAGUUCAAAUUGUACAGUAUUAUCCACUUUUCAAUACAGCCUUCCACCCAAUGCCACAUUGUAGUUAGAAUCCAGCAAUUUCAACAUUUUUGAGUAGCUUGACCAAAAAUUACAGCAAUAAAAGUCACUUUAUGUACCUGCAGGUUGUUUCACAACCUAAUCGAAAAAUUUUAACUACAUAUGCACUGUUCUGAAAGAAGUUGAUUUCUCAAAAAAAUGUAAUAAGUCUUACAGAAAUCGAGAUAAUAAAAUAAUACAGUUUAACAGUUCACUUACUUAUAAAAGCUGUUCAAAAUUGUUUCCACCUCCUUCCUGCUGUGUCUGAAGGCUCAAAUUAUCGGCAGCCACUGUGAUUCGGACACGCAUUUUUCCAAUAUUCUGAACUGGAGUACGAUAUACCUCGUUUUUCAAGUAUCCCGAUAGAAAGAAGUCUAGAGGAUUUAGAUCGGGAGACCGUGAGGGCCAUGCAAUUGGUCCACCCCUUUCGUAUCUGGAAUACCUGAUUCAGACGAGAAGCCGCUCGCGAAUUUAGACCUGCUUCUCCGUACGCUAAAGAAAUGUCCACUAACUCCUCAUUAGUGUACACAUGUACCAUUUUUAUUAAUAAAUAACUAAAAACAUAAACUCGCAAAAUACUUACUUAUUUAACUUCACAAAAAUCGACCGUUCUUCAUUCAGAUCACCCACGUUACAGAUUAAACCUUAUUUACACGUUCUUAUUAGUAUGAAAAAAACAAAAAAUUCCUGGUAUUUUGUUCUCGUCAAUUGUUUGAUACAACAUUUGCUACAAUAAAUUAUUAAUGCGUGUUCUAAUAUCACGACGAUAAACGCAAAAUACAGAUAUUUAUUUUUCAAUUUAUUAUUGAAACUUAGGUUUAUAACUUAUUACAUAUAUUUUUUUUUUUUUGAGUAAUCCACUUCUUUCGUAACAGUGCAUAUGUGGUUAAAAUUUGUCGGAUAAGCUGUGAAACACCCUUUAUAAUGCACACCCAAGAUAUUUUUUCAGAUUUAAUAAUAUAAAAAAUAGUUGUAACAAAAUAUGUAGGUUUAGUUGAUGAUUUUUCAGUUAUCCAACCUCAUUGUACAGAUAUUUGUUUCUUUAGGGAAGCUGUUGCUUUUCCCACUAAAAAUGCCUGUAAAUAGUCCCCAUUUUGGUAUCUGAAACAUGGGAAGCAUUUAUUGAUUGGCCUUGUACAAUGACGCUUCAAAAGCUAGCGUCGCACUUUGAUACGGAGACAAGUGCUCCCGACAAACUGCUGACUAAAGUGUAGCAAGCGAAAAUAAAAGGGUCAUUCUAAUGAAAGUUGUUAUAUCUACAGAAUUUUAUUGAGUUGGCUAAUUUAAUUCCUUAUCUAUUUUCCGGGAGCGGACGCAUAGUGGGGGGAACUCAAUCGAUCGCCGCGCCCGCGCUGGACAAAUAUGGAAACAUCAUCGAACAAAAGUGCAAAUAUUUCUCUACCAUCAUUUGCCAGAUCAAAAAAAAAUGUCAGUUUGAAAUUCAAAUUGAUCCGAACCGCAGAUCGUUUAAAUAUCUGUUAUUUCCAUUAAUAUCCACAAGCACAAAUAAUUUAGUUCCGCGUUAGCUCACUUUUUAACGAAAAAUUAUGCAAAAUUUGAAACGGUAUGUGACAUCUGUAUACCCUUGGGUGUUUUACGAUUCUCUUUCCGUUAUUGUAAUAUUUGCAGUGCAGCACAGAAUUGCUCAAAUCCGAAAAUAUAUCAUUUAGUCGAUUUUUAAAGGAUACUGAUAUGUUGAAAAAGUGAUUAUAUUAAUGAGAAGAAGAAAGAUUGGAAGUCCAGAGGUGUAAAUCUGAUAACCGCUAUUUUACAUAAUAUUACUACUAACAAUUUACAAAAGAAGGGUUUUUCCAGAUCUACUAACCUUAGGCAGUUCAAAAACAAGAUUAACAAUGUUUCUUUGGGAUCCUCAUAUCAGCCCUGGCAUUUAGGCUUAGCCAGCGCGGCUCCUUAUGUAAAAAACUUAUUUAUUCUUGCAACUCUGUCACCAGCAGAGAAAAUGUCGAGAAAACUCCGUAUCAAAGUGCCACACUAGCGCUCUACACGGACAUUGUCAGGACAAAUACAUUUCUUUGUAAUGUAACUUUAUUUCAAUGUAAAAUAUUUUACGAAUGUGCAAAACAUUACGUUAAAAGUUUAAUUUUAGAGUAUUAUUGUACAUAUUUUUUAUUUGGAGUUGUAUGUUAUAUACUUAUAAGGUGUUCAGAUAUUUUCAAGGCCCAUAUUUUUCCUGAAUUGAAUAAAAGAUACUAUGUAUUCUAUGAGUUCAUAUGAUUUAUGUAAAAUUUUAUAUGUAACUUGCCUCAGAUUGGUAACUGGGAGUACAAUCAAUGAUUUGUAAUACAUACUGACCUACUUCCAUGGUUGAUUCUCUUUAUUAAAUGAUAUGGAACAUAUCAAAUCAG